CGAAGGGCGUUGCGUCUAACGUGCGCGGCCCCCUCGAGUCACCUUGCUGUACUGAGCUGCAGCUGUGUCGCGUCGCAGCGGAACGGGGCGAAGAAGCGAAGGUGUCCUACAGAAAGCCCGACAAACCCCGCAGCCAUGGCAGCCGCAGCGGACAAGAGGAAGCCCAAGACUUCACCCAAAUCUAUUAAAUUCCUCUUCGGCGGUUUGGCCGGGAUGGGGGCGACCGUGUUUGUGCAGCCUUUAGAUCUGGUGAAAAACCGGAUGCAGCUCAGCGGUCAGGGCUCCAAGGCCCGCGAGUACAAGACGAGUCUGCAUGCCGUAGCCAGCAUCCUUCGCAACGAGGGCGUCAGUGGCAUCUACACCGGACUUUCUGCGGGUCUGUUGAGACAGGCCACCUACACCACGACCCGCUUGGGCAUCUACACAGUCCUGUUCGAGCGCAUGUCUAAAGCAGAUGGAACGCCUCCCAACUUCUUAAUGAAGGCUUUGAUAGGCAUGACCGCUGGGGCGACAGGGGCGUUUGUCGGGACUCCGGCUGAGGUGGCGCUUAUCCGAAUGACUGCUGAUGGACGGUUGCCUCCAGAACAAAGGAGGGGUUAUACAAAUGUCUUUAAUGCCCUCAUCAGGAUCACAAGGGAAGAAGGAAUUACUACACUUUGGAGGGGCUGCAUACCCACCAUGACCAGAGCCGUUGUAGUGAACGCAGCACAACUUGCCUCAUACUCUCAAUCCAAACAAGCUCUCCUGGACUCUGGAUAUUUCAGAGAUAAUAUUCUGUGUCAUUUCUGUGCCAGUAUGAUCAGUGGACUGGUCACCACAGCGGCCUCCAUGCCAGUCGACAUUGUGAAGACCAGAAUUCAGAAUAUGAGAAUGAUUGACGGCAAACCCGAGUACAAGAAUGGAUUGGAUGUGUUGGUGAAGGUCAUUAGGAAUGAGGGAUUCUUUAGUCUGUGGAAGGGUUUUACUCCAUAUUACGCUCGCCUGGGGCCACACACAGUCCUGACCUUCAUCUUCCUGGAGCAGAUGAACAAGUUUUACAAGAUCUAUUUUCUUGAUUCAUAGAUGGAACAUUUGAGCCAGCAAUGGACAGCACGAGUGCAACCCAUUUCUAAUGGGCCAGUGUGUAUGAUCGUCUGCAAACGCCAUUUCUCAACAUGCUGUUUUUCAUCACAUCACUAGAAUAGUUGUUGGUUUUGAAGGCUGGUGAUACACACUGGCUCAAGGGCGCUGCUGUGGUAACUGCGAUGGACUCCUAUUUUACAGACUGUAGCUGACCGACUUAAAUCCUAAACUGGUCCUUUCUGUCUUCAUGGUGUGAGGAGGGAUCAUUCACACCAGUUGUAAACCUCAUUUUCUUUUUAAAGAAUUAUAUUUAUAUAAUUCCACUCCACAACCGUCACUCUUAAAGUUUUACAGUUCUCAAGCUUGACUGAUGUGUUAACAGACGCUGCACCACAAUUCAUAAAACAUCUCUUUAAUUCCUUGAA